AUGGCAGCCACCGCCUGCCCAGGAUUUGAGUGUGGGGAGUGGGAGCAGCCUCAACAGAUGAGGCACCUGUGCCCUGCAGGUGUUGACAAGAUCCACCAUCUUACGGCAAGAAGUCCGCCUCACAGCUGCUGCCCUGACGUCUGUGUUCUCUCUUUUCUCCUCUUCCCCUCACAGUCAGACUCAGUCACAUGCCCACUGGAGGUGGCACUGCUAUGGAAGGUGGGUGCAGGUGGUGGGCACCCUGGUGUGAUCCGCCUGCUUGACUGGUUUGAAACACCAGAAGGCUUCAUGCUGGUCCUCGAGCGACCUUUGCCUGCCCAGGAUCUCUUUGACUACAUCACAGAGCAGGGCCCAUUAGGUGAAGGCCGAAGCCGCUGCCUCUUUGCCCAGGUAGUGGCAGCUGUUCGGCAUUGCCAUGCUCGUGGAGUUGUCCAUCGUGACAUCAAGGACGAGAACAUCUUGAUGGACCUUCGCCGGGGCUGUGCCAAACUCAUUGAUUUUGGUUCCGGUGCCCUACUUCAUGAUGAACCCUAUACUGAUUUUGAUGGAACAAGGGUGUACAGCCCCCCAGAGUGGAUCUCUCGUCACCAGUACCACGCGCUCCCAGCCACUGUCUGGUCAUUGGGCAUCCUCCUCUAUGACAUGGUGUGCGGGGACAUUCCCUUUGAGAGGGACCAGGAGAUUCUGGAGGCUGAGCUCCACUUCCCUGCCCAUGUCUCCCCAGACUGCUGUGCCCUAAUCCGCCGGUGCCUGGCCCCCAAACCCUCUGCCCGACCCUCACUGGAGGAGAUACUGCUGGACCCCUGGAUGCAGACACCAGCUGAGGAUGCAUCCCUCAAUGCCCCCACGGGGGGUCCCACCCCUUUGGCCUGGUCCCUGCUGCCCUAGUCCUGGCCAGGCCCCCACUAGUUUAAAUACCCGUCCCAUGGCAUGCCACAGGGAUAGAUGGAUAUCUGUUGACCUGGUUAUACAGGUCAGUAAAAAUCCAGUGUUACUAGGGUCAGAGAUUGGGGAUCAGGGAUCAGGAGACAUAAGCCAAGUCUGCCCAGUCCCCAUCCCAAUCCUGCUAAGGAGCCUUCCUCCCAGAACUUACAUCUCUUAUUCUGGAGGGGGGGACUUCCAUAUUUCUCAUUUUGCUAAGGGUGUUUAUUUGGUUUGAAGUUACUUCCAUUCUGAGCCCCAGGACUCUUAUUCUGAUAAGUUGUAACCCCUACACUGGCACCUCCUGCUACCACCGCACACACUUAGUUUAAAUGCUCUCACUUGGGCAAGGGUGCUUUCCCUCCAAUGCCCCAGCAGCUCUUAUUUUAGCAAAGGGACCCUUUCCCCUAGCCCAGGGUCUAUAUUCAGUCAAGCUGCUUGCCUACCUCAGCCCAGGGUUAUUUAUUCUGGGGGAGGUAAUGCCCUAUUGUUAUUCCAGGACUUUUUUUAAAUUUUUUUAUUAUUAUUUUAUUUUAUUAUUAUUAAUUUUUUUUGGUGAGGGGACCCUACUCUGUUAUCCCAAGUGCUCUUAUUCUGGUGAGGAGAACCCUUCUUCCAUGAUUUGGGGAAGGAAUGGAAGAUGGACACCACCAGAGUCCACUAGGAUGGGGUGGAUGGUUUUUUGGGGGAUGGGGUGGGGGAAAUAAGUCUUGUUUGUUCUCCUGGGGCCCCCCCCUCCAUCUUUUUCGGAUUCUUGCUGCCUCCUUCUGAGCCAGGAUUGUCCAGUUGCUGAAAUGUAAAUACUUAUGUAUUGGUGGGAGGGGAACUCCAACUGUGUCCUCCUCUUCCUUCUCCCCCUGCCUGGAUUAUUUAAAAAGCCAUGUGUGGAAACCCACUAUUUAAUAAAUGUUAUAGAAUCAGAA